AUGCAUUUCACCACCAUCGCCACCGUCGCCACCAUGGCCGCUGUCGCCGCCGCUGAGGCUCAGCCGUACCGCCUCGCUGUCAUGCCCGGCCUGAGCCUCAUGCGUCGCGAUACCAGCGGCUACAACCCGGAGACCACCAAGUGCGGUGCCGGCAACACCUGCGCCGAGGCCUGCGGUGCUGGCUUCGCCGACUGCCCCUCCAACGACGGCGUCUCACACUGCUUCAACCCCGGCGCCAAGCAGAGCUGCUGCCAGGACGGCUCCGGUAACUCUUGCGAUGAGGGCUACUACUGCACCCACGACCACAAGGCCCAGACCUGGUGCUGCCCUAACAGCAUGGACCUGGCUGCUUGCGCCGCCGCUUACAGCGUCUCUGGCGGUCUUGAGUCGGCUACCCCUACUCCCAAGCCCACGCCGACUCCCACUCCCACUCCCACUCCCGCCAAGAACACCACGACCGCCGUAACGACCACCCCGGCUGUCGUCACCAAGACCCUUGACCUGACCACCACCAUCUGCCCCUCCGCCUCGGGCACCGGCCACCCCGUCUACCCCGGCCACAACAGCACCGUCACCCUCCCCGUCAUCCCCACCGGCGCUCACACCAGCCCUGCCGUUGUCCCUCCCGGUACCAACGCUGCCGCGGCCACCAGCUUCAGCGCCCUACUCCUGGUCGCUGCCGGUGCCAUUGCUCUCCUGUAA